AUGGACGGCAAAUACGCUUCAUCGCCCGACUGGGCUGACAUCUCGCCGAUUCCCCUCGACGACGGCUCCGAGCGCAGCGAAGACAUCAUCCCGCUGGCCACCAUCGCCUAUCGUCCAGAGUAUCUCGAGGCCACGUCCUAUCUGCGCGCCGUCAUGGCCGCAAAUGAGCUGUCAGAACGAGCUCUGAGGUUGACGGAAGAUGUGAUCACCAUGAAUCCCGCGCAUUAUACUGUCUGGCUGUACAGAUCCAAGAUUCUAUUCGCACUGCAGAAGAAUCUGAAGGAUGAAAUUGCAUGGCUAAACAAAGUGUCGCUUCGAUAUCUCAAGAACUAUCAAAUAUGGCACCAUCGACAACUGCUCCUCUCAUCAAGGACUUUUUUCCCAACUCUUCCCGCCAAUGAACUCGACUUUCUCAUGGAGAUGUUUGCCGCUGAUUCCAAAAACUACCACGUCUGGACGUACCGACAAUGGCUCGUCCGGCAUUUCGACCUCUGGGACACACAGCGCGAAAUUGACGAUGUCGAUGCUCUCCUCAACACAGACGUCCGCAACAACUCGGCCUGGAACCAUCGCUAUCUCCUCCGCUUCUCGCCGCGCGAAGGCCCAGAGGCAGGGAUGGCGGGCAGCAGCAACAGCGAAAAAGGACGCCUGAAUAUCGUCGAUGAAGACGUUAUUGACACCGAACUCAACUACGCGCAGGCAAAGAUCCUCUUGGCGCCGGAAAACCGCAGUCCGUGGUUGUAUGCGCGCGGGGUGCUGAGGGCAGCGAGUCGGCCGUUGGCGGAGUGGAAGGGGUUUGCGGGACGAUUUAUUAGCGAAGAGAUUGAUGGCGAAAACAGUGUUUUUCAUGUCAAGAGUAGUCUGGCCGUGGAGUGGCUGGCGGAUGUGUUUUGGGAAGAGGCGAAGGGGGAGACGGACCAAAAGCAGGAGAAGAUUGACGAGGCGGUUAAGAUGAUUACCCUGCUGAAGGAGAAGUAUGAUCCGAUACGUCGGAAUUACUGGGAUUAUCGUAUCAACGAGAUCAAGCCGGUAGCAACUUCGAGUUAA